AUGAAUUCCAUUAAGUUUCCCGUACUUGAUCGAACAACAAAAAACUCAGUUAUUUCAACUACGUUAAAUGAUCUUUCAAAUUGGUCAAGACUUUCCAGCCUAUGGCCGCUUCUUUAUGGUACCAGUUGUUGUUUUAUUGAAUUUGCCUCAUUAAUAGGCUCCCGAUUUGACUUUGAUCGUUAUGGGCUAGUACCAAGAUCAAGUCCUAGACAGGCGGACCUUAUUUUAACAGCAGGUACAGUAACAAUGAAAAUGGCUCCUUCUUUAGUGAGAUUAUAUGAACAAAUGCCUGAACCAAAGUAUGUUAUUGCUAUGGGAGCGUGUACAAUUACAGGGGGGAUGUUCAGUACCGAUUCUUAUAGUACUGUUCGAGGGGUUGAUAAGCUAAUUCCUGUAGAUGUCUAUUUGCCGGGUUGUCCACCUAAACCAGAGGCUGUUAUAGACGCUAUAACAAAGCUUCGUAAGAAAAUAGCUAGAGAAAUCUAUAAGGAUCGAAUUAGACCUCAACGGGGUAAUCGGUGUUUUACUACCAAUCACAAGUUUUUUGUUGUACGCAGUACACAGACUGGAAAUUAUGAUCAAGAAUUACUCUAUCCACCAUCAUCUACUUCAGAGAUCUCUACUGAAACAUUUUUUAAAUACAAAAGCCCAGUAUCUUCCCACGAAUUAGUGAAUUAGGGAGGAUUUGAGAGAAUAAGAAAAAAAUCUUCAUAAAUUAGAACUCAUGGUAAAUGUGAAAUACUUAAAUUUAUAUAAAAAAGGUGUGGGGGAAAUAAAAAAGAUGCAGGGCACUUUGUCCGUUUGGCUAGCCAAACGCGGGCUGGUUCAUAGAUCGUUGGGCUUCGAUUACCAAGGAAUAGAGACUUUACAAAUAAAGCCCGAAGAUUGGCAUUCUAUUGCUGUAAUUUUAUAUGUAUAUGGUUACAAUUAUUUACGUUCCCAAUGUGCCUAUGAUGUGGCACCAGGUGGCCUCUUAGCCAGUGUGUAUCAUCUUACGAGAAUAGAAUAUGGUGUCAAUCAAGCGGAAGAAGUUUGCAUAAAAGUAUUUACUCACAGGAGUAAUCCCAGAAUUCCAUCUGUUUUCUGGGUUUGGAAAAGUACGGAUUUUCAAGAACGGGAAUCUUAUGAUAUGUUAGGAAUCACUUAUGAUAGCCAUCCGCGGCUGAAACGGAUCUUAAUGCCCGAAAGUUGGAUAGGGUGGCCUUUACGUAAGGAUUAUAUUGCCCCCAAUUUUUAUGAAAUACAAGAUGCUUAUUGAAUGAUAAAAAAUUUGAAUGAUAAAAAUGAGUCUUAGUUUCUACAACUACGGACCUUCGCGGAAUAUUUUGAAUUCGAGUCGUUUUUAGAUCAAACAAACAGAAGAAUUAAGGUCUUAUUCAUAUUAUUAUAGAUAGCUUAAUCUCCAAUUUGAAAGAUACUUUUUUCCUAAAAGCCGAGCCAAUAGGAUGAA